AUGGAAGUACAAUGUAUUUCAAAAAAUGAAAUUAAAUCAAAUGGUUGGUCUACUAAAACAUGCCAUUAUCCUUAUUUGAAUUCUCAUCCAAUAAAUUAUGAUUGUAAUCUAGAACAAGAAACCUCACAAUACAAACUGAUGAAUACAAAUGAUAUUCAUCAAAACAAUAAUGAUAUUUCAACAAUGUUAAUUAAUCAUUCCUAUUUAAAAAGUAAUUUAUUACCAAUAAAUGAUUCAUGCACAUCUAAUGAAAUAUCGCCUACACGAAAUACUAAUAAUAGUAAUAAUAAUAAUAAAAAUGGUGAUGAUAAUGAUGAUGAUGGUGAUGGUGAUGAUGGUGAUGUUGAUCAAUACUUGCCGUCAAUAAUGAAUAAACAAAAAUCAUUAUUUGUCACUAUUGGAGUACAAACUGAUGAUCAACUAAUUACAAAAUGUUGUAAUAAAGAAAUAUUAUCAAAUGACAAUUUGUCUAAUAUCUCUUAUUUCUGUGACAAAAACGAUACUAAUACUACUCAUGAUAAUAAUAAUAAUAAUAAUAAUAAUAAUAUGGAAAGUUUAAUUGAUGCAAUUAAAUGUGUUUAUGCUGAAAUGAAAAUCGAACAAGCUGAAAUGAUCAUAAAUAAUUUAAUUGAAAAAUUUGCUGAACCAUCCGAUAUGUAUACGUCUAUAGAGAAUCUUCCCAAGGAUAAUUUAUUAUUUUGUAAUAUAUAUAAUGAUAAUAAUAAUAAUAAUGAUAAUAAUGAUAAUGAUAAUAAUAAAAAGUCAUUAUUAAAUGAAAAAUCAUUUAAUCCUCCUCGUGCAUCAGUAUCAUUUUUUUCACCUAUUUUUAAAUUACUUUUAACUCAAUCAGAAUCACAAAUAUUUCCUGAUUUGUAUAAAUUAAGUCCUUCAGGACGUAAAUUAUAUGAUUUAUGCCAUCGACUUGCAUUUGAUAUUAGACGUACUAAAAAUAAGCUACGUAUAUUGCAAAAAAUGAGAACUAGACAAUCAAAUCAACAUCAUUUCAAUGUACGUAUUACUUCUACUAAUCCGAAUACAACAACACCAACAACAGAUUCUACCAAUAUUAGCACAUACAAUACAUCAAACAAUAUUUUAUCUAAUUUUCAAAAAAUUUUAGACAUUAAUGAAUCAGAUUCAUUGAAUAAUUCAGUAAAGAUAUCUCAAGAUAAUCGUCGUAAUGCUUUUAUUCAUUAUUUACACGAUAUAAGCAGAAAUUAUGAAAUGCCCAAAUCCACAUUAACAACCACAACGAUUUCUAAUCAUAAUGAUUCUGGUCAAUUUCAACAACUUUGUAAAGAUUCACAACUACUGACACAUGGUUAUCAUUACUGUGAACAUAAUAAUAAUAAUAAUAAUAAUAAUAAUAAUAAUAAUAAUAAUAAUAAUAAUAAUAAUAAUAAUAAUGAGAAUCAAUUAGAAAAGUAUGGAAAUUAUUUAGAACAAAUCAUGACAUCGAACAGUAUAAAUCCUACUACUACUAAUAGUAAUAUUAAUCAUCGAAGUACAGCGCCAACGUAUACAAAUCCAUUAAAUUGUCCAUUAUCUUUAUUAUCUUUUGUAAGUAAUUUAAAUAAAGUUAGUAGUGUGGAAGAAAUAACUGAUAAUGAUGACAGUGAAGAUAAAAAAGAGGGAAAAGAGGCAAAAGAGGUUAAAAGUGAUCGACGCCAAAGACGAUCACGGGGACAACGACAAUGUCGACGGCAACAAUCGAAACAACAGAAUCAACAACACCACCAUCAACAUCAACAGCGGAGAAAGUUACAAGUAAACGAGAAAUUUCGACAGAAUAAACAAAAAUUCCCAUCUUUAUCUGAUAAUAAUAAUAAUAAUGAUAAUAAUAAUAAUAAUAACGAUAAAAGUAAAAAGGCAGAUUGUGAGACUUUAUCAAUUCCAUUCUCCUCCUUGGUAUCAUCACCGUCGCCUUUAUCACCGUCGUUAUCAUCAGUAUCACUAUGUACAACCAAUAAUAAUAAUAAUAAUAAUAAUAAUAAUAAUAGUUUGAACUUGAAACAUGAUCUAACAACAAAUUCCACUGGGAUCUGUAAUCUCAAUAUGGUAAAUGUGUCUACAAUGUCUACGAAUAAUCUAACAACUAAUAAAUCAAAUAUUAAUGAAUUGCCAUCUAAAUCAACACCAUCAAUAUGUUCAGCGAAUUAUUCAAAUAAUUAUCUUCAUGUAGAAUCAUCAUGUUCACUUAAUGUUCCCACAUUAUCACCAUCUAUAUUGUGUUCUUCAUUAUGUUCUACAAAUUCAUCUGAUCAAAUAUCAACAACAAUUACAUCUUCUAGUCAUUUACAUCAAGAUAAUCCAUAUCGUGGUAAACGACGUCAAGUAUCUAGUCCAUUAGAAGAGCAUAAUAAAUUGAAUAAUGAAAAUGAUUUUAUACAAACUCCAUCAAAAAAUCGACGUUGUUCAAGUUUCAAUUCACAAAAAUGUCUAAUCAAUAAACAAUUUACAGAACCAUUAGAUAAUAAUAAUAAUAAUAACAAUAGUUCAGUUGUUUCAAUGAUAACUACAACAAUGUCAACGGUAACUUCAUCUCCAAGAUUGUGUUAUUCGUCUUCUUCUCCAAAUAUUUCAUUUGAUCAGUUUACAAUUAAUAUUCAUGUUGAUAAAUUAAAGGAAUCUGAUCAAUGUACAAUUAAUGGUGAACAUAAUACAGAAACAUUUAAGAAAAUAUUAAAUGAUAUUCCAAAAUCAUCAUCAUUAUCGCCUUCCUGCUCAUCAUUUACUUCGCUGUCAUCAUCAUCAUCGUCAUCAUCAUCAUCAUCGUCAUCAUCAUCAUCAUCGUCAUCAUCAUCAUCAUCAUCAUCGUCAUCAUCUGUAUUAACUAUCGAUUCAUCAAUAAAUCUCUCUACAUGUUCAUCUGAUACAUUAUGGUCCAAUUCAAAAUCAACAGCAAUACAUAAUAUUGCAAAUGUUGAUAAAUUAAAACAAUUAAGAAUUGAUAUUCAAGAUUCAAGAUAUGAAGAUGAUGAAAAUCAAAAAGAGGUAAAUUCAUUUGUAGUCCCUAGUGUCCUAUCGCCUUAUUCUCCAAUUCAACCAACACCUCCAUGUUCUCCGAAUUUCUCAUCCUCUACAUCUUUAUCACCUUCAUCAACUAUUACACUUCCUCAGAAUGGAUCUAAAAGUUUUAAAAGUCAACAACAACAUCAACAAUCUACUUCAAUGAUGAAUUCAUGUUAUAAUAGAGAUGAAACUUCAGGAGGAUCGAUCAAUAAUCGACCACCUACACCAGAUAUUCGGCGUAGUGAAUUGGAUUUAGCAGAUUUAUCCGAUGGAACAAGAGUGUUAGUUAUACAAGAUACUUAUCUACGUGCUGGUACUUUAUAUUUAGGAAAAGAUAGUCCUUCAUUAAUCAAUCGAAUUAGUUUUAAUAAUGAUCAUCUACGUGAUCAAAUAUUUCGUAUACAUUUAGAUACUGAGAAAUGUACUAGUUCAACUAAAUCACAUAUUAAUAAUUAUAAUCGUUUUACAUCACCAUCAUCUAAUCAUAUGAAUAAUCAAGUUGUAUCAUAUUCAACUUAUCGACAAUUAUCUUCUUCAUCAUCAUCUUCUUCAUCAUCAGCAUCGUCAUCUUCAAGUAAUAAUAAUUGUAGACUGUUUAGUAAAAAUAGAAGACGUCAAAUGGAUUUAUUAUUGUAUGGAUGGCAAGUAGUACAACAGGCAGUUUUAGAAGUAUUUCCUGCUUCAAUACGACAUGUUCCACCUGGAACACGUGUUUGUGCUGCAUGGAGUGAACAGCUAGGUGUUAAUCUUUAUCCAGGAACCGUUGUAAAAAUUGAUUCAAAUGAACAACAACAUAUCAAUAAUGAUUGUGUUCCAGUUGAUUUUGAUGACGGAGAUCAUCGUCAAGUACCAUUAACUGAUCUACGUAUUCUACCGGAUUAUUUUACAAAUUUAUGUGAAUUAAUUAAUAUCACUGGUGAAAAUAAUAUAAAUUGUUUAACUCAUUGUCUUAUCUCAUCGGAUUAUUUGUCACUACGUCAUAAUAAUAAUAAUAAUAAUAAUAAUAAUAAUAAUAAUAAUAAUAAUAAUAAUAAUGAUAAAUUUGUGUCACGUAUGCGUCGUCAUAGUGAUCUGGAUCAUAACACAUCUAGAUCAUAUCGUUCAUGGUCUCAAUCAACAUCUCCACUUAUUCAUGAUACUAUGUCCUUGUGUUCACCACAAAUGAACACAAACUUAAUGUUAAACUCAAAGUUUUUCUUUCCUGAAAAGAAUUCAAAUAAACUAACACAUCGUAUCAAAAGUAAUCGAAGUAGAAAAAAUUCUCAAUUAUCUUCAUCAAGUUCAAAUAGAACAAUGGAGUGUACUGUAAAUUCACUGAUAUCACCUACACAUACAAUAUCAACGGGUGCUACAUCAGUCAUGUCAUUAAGAUCACCGUCACCACCUCCACCAUUACAAACACCAGUGACAAUAGCUGGUUUUAGUCAUAUGUCAAGUGAUAAGUACAUGAGUGAAUGUCCUGACAAUAAUAAUAAUGAUAAUAAUAUUAAUAAUAAGUCAGAAAAGGUAAUUUAUCCAUUGAAUAAUCAUCUACCCGAAGAAUUUAAUGCGGAUAACAUUUCCAUUUCAAGUACAAUCACAACAACCGAUAGUUCAAAUGAGUGUUUAUCCUGGCAAGUGUACGAAAAGUUUAAGCGUCGGAAACAAGGCUGUAUAUACUGUCGUUCAAUAAUACGUGAUGUAGAUGGUUUAAUCGUUAAAGUUGGUGAUUGUGUACAAUUUGGCUCUGGGCGCAAUGAAAUAUAUCUUGGAGAGGUUAAAGAAAUACGUUGGGAGCAAAAAAGGAAUUCACUUAUUGUUGUCGCUGCAUGGUACUAUCAACCUCUUGAAGCUGGAAAAGAUGGACAAUUAAUACAAGAUGUUAAAGGUGCCCUAUUUACAACUGAACAUAAAGACGAGAAUGAAGCCAAGUGCAUCAAGCGACGUAUCAAAAUAGCUAAAUCAUAUGGUCAGUUCAUGCAAGGAUAUUAUGGCGAACCUAAAGGACAGGAUCCUGUAAAGUCAAGUCAAACACAGUUAGACAAAAACAUGGGAGAAUUCACGCCUAAUACAGAUACCGAACAAAUCAAUUUUGAAGCUUGUGAACCAUUGCCAUCACCAUCACUAACAUCAACGAGUCACAGUAUCAAACAUCCUUCAAUCAAUGAAAAUGAUACUAAUCAACCUCCUAAACUUCAGAUUACGCUAAACAAUAAUGACAAUAAAAAUGAAAUUAGUUCAGAUGAUAAUGAAGAUGACGACGAUGAUGAUGAUAAUAAUAACUCUAAUUUCUAUCAUUAUUUUAUUGCUGGUAAAUAUGACCCAGUUAGACAACAAGUACUUACAUGGGAUACAGAAUUAGCUAAAAUACUUAACCUCAAAACACACAAAAAUAGAUAACAAAAAAACUUUUCUUUUUCUCUCUCUCUCUCACACACACAAAAUAUCUCCAAACAAGCAUUAAAACAAUCAGAUUGUAUCGCAUUUUUUCAUUCCUGCAAUUCUAUGAUAUCGGUACUUGUUUUGUUCCAUUUUUCUUUUGUAUGUCAUCUAUUAAAUGGUUCAGUAAACUUUCACACCGGUGUGUUCAUCACCUUUUUUGUGAAGUGAAUUAAUCUCAUAAUCACCAUCAAACAUUCAAUUUUGUGUGUAUUUUUAUUUUACAUUAUCGUGUAUACCAACCUCGCCCAAUCUAUUUUACAACCACAAGUAACUUCUACUUACUCAUAUAAUCCGAUGAUGUUUAAUAUGGCGUAUGAUUUAAGCGAUAUUAUUUUGUUUUAUUACCAUGAUUAUUGUUAAAUAUGAAUUUGUUUUGUGAAUGCCUUCUACAACUUGAUAUAUAUCAAGUAAUUGUUCUAUGAUUUCAGCAUAUUUUAUCAUGUGCAAAAACAAACUGUUUGGAUAUACGAAA